GCCCUGCCCUUCCCUCAGCACUGAGCACGGAGGCAGACACCUCCCAAUAUCCGGCAGAGGAGAGAUGGAACCGGGCGCUGGUCGGUCCCCGGUGCUGUACGUGCUGGCGGUCCAGCUGUGUGCGGUGUACUCACAGGCCCCGGCGCUGCCCCUGGUCAUCAACACGUGGCCCUUCCGGAGCGCGACCCUGACAGCUUGGCAACGUUUGGCCUCUGGUGGAUCUGCUUUGGAUGCGGUAGAGAAGGGCUGUGCCCAGUGUGAAAUUGAUCAGUGUGAUGGAACUGUGGGUUAUGGGGGAAGCCCUGAUGAAUCCGGAGAAACAACCUUGGAUGCCAUGAUUAUGAAUGGGAACACAAUGGAAGCCGGUGCUGUCGCUAACCUUAGAAGAAUAAAGAAUGCCAUUGGUGUGGCGAGAGCGGUCAUGGAGCACACAAAGCACACCUUUCUAGUUGGAGAAUCAGCAUCCUUGUUUGCUGAGAGUAUGGGUUUUGUAUGUGAAGACUUAACCAGCAACAGAUCAUUAUCUAUUUAUACAAAAUGGCUCAAUCAGAACUGUCAACCAAACUUUCGUAAGAAUGUAACUCCAGAUCCUGCAAAGUCAUGUGGCCCUUAUAAAGCUGUCCGAGGACUACAAGAUCGAGAAACAUCUUCUCCAAAGAAAAAUAUAGAUUUGCGCAGCCACGAUACCAUCGGAAUGAUUGCAGUUGACAGACAGGGUAAUGUAGCUACUGGGACCUCCACAAAUGGAGCAUCUCAUAAAAUCCCUGGACGUGUGGGAGACUCGCCAAUAAUUGGAUCUGGAUCCUAUGCAGACAGCUCCGUGGGAGGAGCGGCAGCCACAGGUGAUGGCGAUAUCAUGAUGCGUUUCUUGCCUAGUUACCAGGCGGUGGAGAACAUGAGGAUGGGAGCCGAUCCCAGCGCUGCAUGUCAGAAAGCCAUUGCUAGGAUCCAGAAACAUGUUCCAGUCUUUUUUGGGGCCAUCAUCUGUGCCAACAAGACAGGAACCUAUGGUGCUGCCUGCAGUAAGGUUCCAGGUUUCUCUCAAUUUCACUACACCAUUUUGAAGCCUGGACUUUCACAGCCACUGGAUGAAACGGUGGAUUGCCAGUAGUAUCAUAUUUGAUUGGAGUGUUUAUAACAGGAUUUAUGGGACCAGAAUUUAUAUGGACACAAGUUAUCGUUUUCUUGGGCUAGUGCUACAGCCUCUGUUUAUCCCCAGGAACUUUGGGAGAAACAAUGAAGAUUAUGUAUUGUCCACACAGUAAAGACAACUUUUAAUGCAUAACUGUGUAACCACCUUUUCUUCUACAAUGUAAAAUACACAUCUUGCUCCAGUGCAACUUUGCAUA